AUGGUCAAAGUUGCUCUCGCAGGAGGCACAGGCGGUUUGGGCCGUGAAGUUAUUGAUGCUCUACUUGCCAAGGACAAACACGAUAUCAUCGUCCUAACGCGUCAGGACCCAACGCAAGUAGCUUUGCCGAACGGUGUACAGACCAUUCAACUAGACUAUAAUGAGAAAGGUCAGAUCGUUGACGCACUCCAAGGCGUUGAAACAGUGUUUUCCUUCAUUAUCACUGGAAAGGACCCUGGGAAUGUCGCGCAAAAGAACCUGAUUGAUGCUUGUGUUGAAGCCAAGGUCAGACGAUUUGCACCUAGCGAGUGGGUAGGGGUGUCAUCAACAGGAACUCCAUGGUAUGCAGGGAAAGCAGCUGUCUCAGCAUAUCUACAGGAGCUCAAUACUGAGAAAAAGGCAGGCUCCACUAUAGUUAUCGAGUACUGCCGAUUCAUGCCGGGCCUUGCUCUAGACUACCUCGCAUACCCGAAGCAGACCUGCAAACACUUCCCAAACCUUGGGAUGCAAGUGGAUUUCUUCAAUUGUCGUGCGAUUUUGCUUAAGGAGGAUAAUCCUGGCCGCUUCGGCCUGACUGCGGUGAAAGACAUCGCCGCUGUCGCAGCUGAAGCAGUAGACUAUCCCGGAGAGUGGCCUGUAGAGGGUGGCAUGCACUCCGCCAUGUUGUCUGCCCCUGAGCUCGUUGAGAUCGGGGAAAAGCUUAGAGGCAAGAAAUUCGACAUUGAGUACAUCACACUGUCGCAGGCGCGAACUGGUCGGCUUCCGACUUCUUGGGUCGCUGACUUCAAUCACGCUGCUAUACCGGAGCAACUUAGAGAGUCUUGGAGCCGGACAUUCAACGCAAAAAUAAUGUACUCUGUCUACUUAGGUGGUUACGCUGUUUCGGACACGUGGAAUCGUCUUUUGCCAGAUUUUCAUUUUACUACUCUAGAGGAGUUUUUAUCUAAGUACUAUUAA